CAGGUAAAAAAAAAAAGAAAGAAAAAAGGUGACUCGAGUGUUCGUAAAAAUACUUUACUCCGGGAGAUCGAUGAAGGAGACGACAGCCAGUUUUAGUGUGCGAUCGUCAAGCCGUGACAACCACUGUUGGAGAGAUAUAACACACACACACACAUAUACCACUAUAAUAUUAUUAUUGUUGUUAUACCUGAGCUGUGGUGACAGCUUGCGACACAGACAAUUUUUACCUGGCCAAGUUUUAUCUACUUUUCCGACCUGCGUGCGCAGAGUUUCCUUCAUUCACGGCCACGUUCGGGAGUUUGAGCCAAUCAGAUUCGAGCAGUGACAAAAGGGAACCGACCUAGGCACAUGUUACCGGACUGUAACAAAACAUUAUCCCAAGCAGACGGUUAGACCGGUCAUUGCAUUUUACCUGUGUAUAAGGCUUUUAAUGGCCUCCACGUACCUUGUAGCCCUGUUCUGCGCCUCGGCAGGGCGAAACGGCGAGGAUUUGGGGGCGGACGAGGAACAGAUAGUGUUGUUUGUUAUUCUACUGUUCGACGUGACGAACAACAAGGUGGUGGCACUGCAAUCGCAUUUCGUAAAGCCUCAGCCCAAUGAACUGUCUGAAAGUUUACUCACGGAGGACUGUAAGACGGAAACGGGUCUCGACGAAAACGUAAUAAAAAAUGGGCAACCACUGGAUCAAGUGUUAGAGGAGCUGGACAGAUUCCUUGUGGCUAAGGGGGUGCAUCCUGAUCAUGGAGGAAAGUCGUUUUCGUUUGUGACUGACGGACAGUGUCAUCUACGGCAGUUAUUGCAUCCGGAAGCGUGCACCAAGAACAUUAAUCUACCCAGCUAUUUCUGCCGAUUUUUCGACUUGCGGAAGGAAUUUAAGAAAUUCUAUAAAACGGACACUAUCAAGAAUAUCAAGGAAAUGCUCGAUUAUCUAGGACUAGCAGAAGACCAGUCAGUCGAGUACGGAGUCCGCCAGUGUCAGGAGAUGGCGAGUAUUCUACACAGACUAGUCAACGAUGGAAAUGUAUUUCUUGAGCCUGAGAUUAUUAAUGAACGCUUGGAACCGGGAAUAUGCAGUAAAAAUGAGUAUGUUGAUGACAAUUCUGUAGUCAGGUCACGAGGGUUACCAUGGCAAUCGUCAGACCAAGAUAUCGCCAGAUUUUUCAAAGGACUCAAUAUUGCCAAGGGCGGCGUUGCAUUGUGUCUGAGUCCUCAGGGGCGUAGAAACGGUGAGGCCCUUGUGAGGUUCGAAUCUAAUGAACACCGCGAUCUUGCCCUUCGACGCCACAAACACCAUAUUGGUCAGCGGUAUAUUGAAGUUUACAAGGCAACAGGCAAAGACUUCGUAAAUGUCGCUGGUGGAAGUAACUCUGAAGCUCAAGCCUUCCUGUCACGAGGCGGUCAGGUUAUUAUACGCAUGCGUGGUCUGCCGUUCACAGCUACGUCACAGCAAGUGCUAGAGUUCUUUGCAAGAGAACCUAAUUCCUGCGACGUGCUCGACGGAGAGGACGGGACCCUCUUCGUCCACUACCCGGACGGCAGGUCGACUGGUGACGCCUUUGUGCUAUUUGCGUCCGAGGAGGAGGCUAAUAAGGGGCUGAAAAAACACCGGGAUACAAUGGGCGCCCGAUAUAUUGAGCUUUUUAAGAGCACGACGGCAGAGGUGCAACAGGUGCUAAAUCGCAGCAUGGACCCGCGGAACCCAGAACAGCCGGACGGACAGCUACCGCUGAUUGCCUCCCUUCCCCAGCAGACAGCUCAGGUUCCCAUAAUUCCACAAAAUCUGAUCACGAGCGGGACGCGCAAGGACUGCAUCCGGUUACGCAAUAUCCCUGCCGGGGCACAGGUGACGGAUAUUCUGACGUUCCUGGGGGAGUAUUCACAGUUCAUCGUGUAUCAGGGUGUUCACAUGGUCUACACAGCCCAGGGUGAGCCGUCAGGUGAAGCCUUCAUACAAAUGGACACCGAGGAAUCUUCUACUCAUACGACCCUGAACAGACAUCGACGACAGAUGGUCUUCGCCAACAAGAAACGAAUCAUUGACGUCAUCCAGUGUUCGGGCGACGAUAUGAGCCUCGUUUUGACGAGUGGGAUGCCUGUAACACAGCUACCACAGCCAGGCCCCGCCCCUACCAUUCAGAGACCAAUCCUAACGCCAGGUUUGGCAGAGUUCCCUAUGCGCCACAUUCCCCAGUUUUCGCUGAUUGACCAAACAAUAACCGGAAUGAAAGUCUCAACCACGAUUCUGCCGUCGCCGUCGCUCGGUGGUCUCCCAUUCGCUCAGCUGCCGCAGCCAAUACCGGCCGGUUUUCCACCAACGCUGACCCAGAUUCCACAGCGGCCCGCCUCGUUCUACCCGCCAAUUCUCUACUGGUACCCCAGUCCUCCCGUUUCUCCUCAGACCUACAUUACACACACGGGUCCGUCCGUGGUCGUUAUGAGAGGUCUUCCAAUUAACGUAACUGUACAAGAUAUAAUGGCUUACUUCCAAGGUUUCUCAGAGGUAACAGCUGACACGGUGCAGCUGCAGACCGGGGGUGACGGGAAGCCGACCGGCGACGCCCUCAUCACGUUCUCAUCGCGCGCCGAGGCUGAACGUGCAAUAAUGGAACGCAACCGCCGUCACCUUGGCAACCGAUUCAUCGAACUCUUUAUGGUCUCCUGAGGCUGUUUUCAAGUCAUUUCCAUUGUUACCAUGACAACACAUUACGCACAUCAAUGACUACCUGCUGUCACGACAGUACUGCUCAGUCGUUUUCUCGCCAUUAGUAAAAUAUGUUGUAUAUUAUGAUAAUUGUCAUUUAUUAUGAUAAUUAUCAUACUUUAUGAUAAUUGUCAUAUAGUAUGAAAAUUGUCAUUUAUUAUGAUACUUUUCAUAUAUUGUGAUAAUUGUUAUAUAUAAUGACAAUUAUCACAUGCUAAUUGUCGUAUAUUAUAAUUGUCUUACAUUAUAAUUGUCAUACAUUAUAAUUGUCAUAUAUUAUGACAAUUGUCGUAUAUGAUGAUAAUUGUUAUAUAUUAUAAUUGUAAUAUAUAAUGAUAAUUGUUAUAUAUUAUGGUAAUUGUCAUAUAUAAUGAUAAUUGUCAUAUAUAAUGAUUCACAGGGGGAAUCUCCAUGGAUGACUGAUCUCUUUAAAAAAAAAAGGAAUCUAUAAAAUGCAAAGAAACCUUUUUUCCUCUCAAAUAACCACACUUAUACAUAUUUUUUACGAUACUAAACUUAACCACAUUCCAAAAUAUGCAAUAAUUUAUUUUUAUCAAUUAUUAUUAUUAUGCUCAACAGGAGGUAAUAUGUGCUAUUUUUUAAUAUAGUGUUUACACUUCUUUUUCUUUUAAAUUUUGUUUAAUAACUUUGAAUGUGCCUUUUUGAGUGUGUGGAACAGUGUCAUAAACAAAUAAACAUUUUAAAAGUGCUACCAUUUAUAUCGAAGGUGCAAGUGAAAUGAUAAGUAUGUGUACGCAAAAAUAUUUCUAAAAUCUUUUUACUUAAAUGUUGGCUGUUUCUUAAGGUCUAUAUUUGUUCUAACAUAAUCAGACGGAGUACGGUUGAUUUAUUUUACAGAAAAUAAUGUUUUAAGCCAAUUUUCUUGCUAUACCCAUUUUGUCUCCCAAUUCAAAAGAUAGAUUAUAUACUAGCUUUGUAGAUCACUUAAAUGUUAUAUGCUGUAAAAUCAUAGGGCUUAAAAUAAAAAAUGUGUGUUUCCGGGUACCCGACCUUUUAAAUGCAAUUUUGAUUUAAAUACAUUUUAGACCUUGGUAGAAAUGAAAAAUGAGAACGAUUUAAUUAAAGACGUUAAGCUGUUUAUAAAGCUAGAUCUGUUAGCUUACUUUUUUUAUCUGUUUUUAUAAAUAUGCCCCUGGAAAUAAUUGAUGGUUCUGCUCUAGGCAUCAUUUCAGGCACAUGUCUGAGCUCAUGCCCAAGGCAGACGUGCUUGAACAUUAAACAAAGGUUAGGGAGCAUAUGAGUAGUGUACCGUAGCAUAUAACUGCUGGUACUUGUGCCUUCCACAAUUUGAAUAUCAGAUGUGGUACUUUGCCUUCCACGAUUUGAAUAUCAGAUAUGGUACUUGUGCCUUCCACGAUUUGAAUAUCAGAUAUGGUACUUGUGCCUUCCACGAUUUUAAUAUCAGAUGCAAUUAUUUAUUUGAAAUUUGAUAUUACUGGCAUUUAUUAUUAUGUACAGUUACAGUUUAUAUAAUUAUAUAUAUAUAUAUAUACGUGUGUGUGUGUGUGUGUGUGUGUGUGUGUGUGUGUGUGUGUGUGUGCGCGCGUGCACUCGGUAUGAGGCUGUAAUUUUAGUCUUGUUAUUAUACAAUUGUAUACAUAUUCAUUCAUUAUUUUACUAUUAUGCAAACAGACAAGUGCAUGUCUUCUUUUAUUCUCAUUGUAAAUAGUAAUAUUUAGAAUACAGUGAAACCUCUCAAAACUGGACCCUCUGUAAACCAGAAUUCCCUGAAAACCGGACGUAUUUCACGGUCACUUUUUUAAAAUACCAAUACAGACCCUAACCUCUCUAAACCAGACACUUUAAAACUAGACUUUUUAUUUGGUGUCAUGGGUGUUCAGUUUAGAGGGGUUUCACUGUAUAUAUAUAUGUUAACAUGUAUACAUGUUGCUGCCAUAUUUAUGAUGUAAUCUUUAUGGCCAACCCGUUUUUGAGAUGACGUUUGUUAUAUAACGUGUAAGCAAAUUCCAAAAUCUAGUCAUGUUACUUCACAGUCAGGGUAAAACGUUACACUUCACAAACUACCAAUGCUUUUACAUUUUUAAACAUUGAAAUUCUUAUUUUGACUACUGUAUAUAAGCAUUCACAACAUGCAUUUUCUCUAUUUCAUUAGUUAACUGGGCAUAUGUUUGACGUCCAAUAGCCGAUGAUAAGAUAAAACAAAUCAAUGUUCUCUAGUGGCGUCAUUAAAUAAAACAAACUUCUUCUUUUUUUAGUUAAGUGGAGGUUUUUUUCAAAAAUAAAAGAAAAUGUAGUUAUUAUGUUGAUAAAACCACAUUGUUAUUAAAAAUAAAGAUGUGUAUAGGGUAUUUAAAGUAACAUCAUAUUUUUAUUAAUGUUUUUAUUAAAUUUCAGUUUACUUAAUUCGAACUUUAAAUGUACAAAUUAGUAUAAUUAUCCUGAGUAAAAUUACUUGUUCUAUUAUGAUAUGAAAAAUGCUCAAACAGUUCUCAACAUUGAUCAUGCUAUUUUGCCAAGUGCCAUGUGUGUUUAUUAUUCGAAGAUACAUGUAUGGUAAAACCACAUUCAAAUUGUAAUACAAGCCUUGUAAGCCCACAGGACAUAUCCACACGUAUAUUGUUAAGGAGUAAAAGGAUGGGUAGUGCAGAGAAAUAGCCAAUUGCAGUUUUCAUAUUUAAUCAAUCUGUCUUUAGUGAGGUCUUUGAAUUGAAGAACAAGCUUUGAAUGUAUUUAACAGUUAUGUUCCAUAAAAAUGAAGAAUAAAAUUAGAUGUAUUUGAAGAACAAGCUUUGAAUGUAUUUAACAGUUAUGUUCCAUAAAAAUGAAGAAUAAAAUUAGAUGUAUUUAUUAGAUGAUGGGCAUUUUGUUAAAGAAGGGCAGUUCAAGAAUGGUAAGGUGGGUGAGGUGCAAUUUUUGUGAAUUAAAAUUAUAAUUUAGUCAAGCAUGCGAGAAAAUGCACAGUAUAGCCAUUAGUUAUAAAAUUAUAAAUGAGUGGCCCAACACCCACCUAUACCCCCCCCCCCCCCCCCACCCCCCACCCCCCAAUCAGUUUACGAACAGCCUUGAAUAAAAACUUAGUACUCCGCCCACAAACUCUUUCCAUCUUGCCCACAUACAAAUGAAAUAGAUCAAGUGAACAAUUGAACUCGGUAGUCACUGCAACAUCUUAGAAACAUGUUUUAAUUUUCUCAGUCGACCACAGUAACAACACACAUUGACUUUCUCAUUGUUUUGAAUUUUGAAAAAAAAAUUAAUAUUGUUUUCAAUGAUUUGGUAGUUUGUUGAUACUCUCAAACGAUGAAGCUGGCUAAAAGGCCGACCCAAUGUCUCGUGCUGUAUACAUUAUUUUUCGUAACACUGUUACAACUAUUUAUUUAUGUUUUUCGUAUGCAGGAUACAUUCAUAUUACGUAUAUUGCCUCACGUGCAUUGUGCCUUAAACAGUUACUGUUACCAUUCCGUACCAUAAUCUUUCGGGGAUUUUACUCCUGCAGGCAACAUUAAGUGUAGAUCUGUUACAAUAUAUUUGUUGAUGAAUAUGUAUUUGUUAUAUUUUUUGAAACUGUUGAAGAUUACAAGCUUUAUAGCUGUUAUUUGAUACAAUAUAUGUAUAACCUGUUGAAUAGAAGCUAGUUUAUCACCAUGUCCUUCAAAUGUCCAUAGUUAUUUUAAGGUGCGUUUACACUGUGAAAUGAGUAGUUGAGAUUUGUAGUGUGUAACAAUUAUUGUGGUAGUUCCAAGUUUCAUUUUCCUCACGUUUAGUUCUUGUCAAUAAUUGUAGUUUAAUAAUCAAAAUGUGGCCACAAUUUAUAGUUUUUUUUUGUGAAGACAAAUAAAUUUUACAAUAAAUAUGUGAAGAAAAAUUAAAUUUCAACAUUUGUAUAAAACGGUCCUAAAAAAAAGUUUUUUACACAUGAAUAUUUUAGAAAAGAAUUGCAUAAGUUGUUAAUGAAAGUCUUAUUGUGAAAACGCACCUUUAUACACCUUGAUCUGUAGACAAAUUUAUUUACAAAUAUGAAAUAAUUACUAAUGUUAGUUUACUGGGGUGCAAAACACUGGUGCAGUGGGCAAAUUAAGGGACAAUACAUUACAGGAUAACAUUGCUGGGGAUGAGUUGAAGAGUAGGUCAGACAAUGCACACACACAUCCUUUUCUCUUUAUUAUUACUUUUUUUUUAUUUAUUAUUAUUUUUAAUUAAAACCACAUAUCUCUGUUUUGUGUCCACAAUUUAAAAAGUUUUAUCUUUCAAGAUAACAUUUGAUAAUUUUGCACAUCAGUGACCUAACAAAAGUAACUAUUAAUUGCAAUCUCUGUGUAUAUACAUGUAUAUAUAUAUUAUCUCUCCUUUUUUGUGUAUUUUAGUUAUGUGCAUGUAGUUGUGAAAAAAAUAGCCAUUUUAAAUGUUUAUUUUAACCUGUUUGUAGAUAGUAGCAAUUUGAUGGAUGCUAACAUAAAUAUUUUGAUGCAUGUUUUUCCCCCAUAUUUAUCUCAAAGAUGAGACAUUGAAAUAUUGUUUUUAAAUGUGCAAUACGACGUUUUUUGAAGAAACCGAUGAUUGUAAAUAUUGUAAACACAGUGAAGUGAUGAAACUAUUUUUCGAAAAAGUUUUCAGACAAAAACUGUUCAUAAACUUUUAUAAAUUGGAACGCUCACUCAAUUUUUCAUUUGCUGAAAAUAUGUAAUUACGUUCAUAUUGUCUGGAUUUUUCUUUUUUAUUAAUAUUCAUUUAAAGUAAAGAUAUAAAUUGGCAUGACGGAAUAUAUAUUUGUUUCAAAUGCAUCAUGAAAUAUAACUUUUUUCUUUCUUUUCUUUUUUAUAUUUCUUUUUUAGUACAAAAUUAUUAUUAUUCCGUAUAUAUAUAUAUAUAUAUAUUUUUUUUUUUUUUUUUUUUUUUUUUUUUAAAUAAAUAAAUAAUCAAGCUGAUGAAGAAAUUACUUUUACUGGCGUUAUGUAAAAUAGUUCUGUCACCUCAUUCUGCGUUGUACGGACAGUAUCCGCAUUUCUUUGACUUGGCCAAUUUGUUGUUUUUGUCAAUUAUUUUAUGACAAGAAUCACAAAUAACAAUAUUUUGACGUUGAAUGUACAGCUACCUAAUUACGAUUUGCAAUAUCAGUGUGUAAUUAAGCAAUAAUUGUAUUUGGUUCAUUUUUAAAAGACGAUGCUGCCCGUUGUUUAGACUUAGUUUAUAAUUGGACUAAUUAAUACCCAUAAUCAUGAAAUAAAACAUUCCAUUUUAAUUGGUGGUGGUGCUGCUUCUUCUUUUGGUUUACCUAGCCUGACCCCUCUCUACCAGUACCAAGCGAUAUAUCUAUUAAUGAUUCUACAACGCGUUGUGCGAGACUUCUGCUGAAAUAACAGGUUGUUGGUGAUGUUUGGUGGUGGCUCCUCAGGCGCUUGUUCAGGAAUUUAGCGGGGGGUGGUGGGGGGGGGGGGUUAGACUGUAGCUACCGAAGUUUACUGGGGUAGAGUCAUGCUCCCCCAAAAAAUUAUUUUAAAAAAAAGAGGAAAAUUUGCUUGAGCAAGAGGGGUUUCUACCCACAAAACCCUCCCCCUGCACACGCGCCUGCUCCUCCCUGGUCAAUGCUAACUGGUUGAGGAUUGCAAUAAAUCCUGAUAGUAGUAUUUGCGCUCGUACAUCCUAAAGGCGACGCCACACGAUACGAUUGCCUCAUACGCGAAUAGCCGACUGCAUAGCAACUGAUGCUUUCGUAAUAUUUGUCCUGUCACGAUCGGCUUUUCUCGUACGAUCAGUGCUCGUUUCGUGUGGCGCCGUCUUCACCCUACCCUACAUCCUGUGGUAUGCUGGACUUUUUCCUUUGGUGUGGUGUAACUUUUAAUGUAAUCCGAUGAAUCUGCUGUCAAACUGAAUUUGAGUUUGAUGACAGAUACAUAACUUGGUUGGGUUGCAGCAUUGUACGAUAUUCCUCACUAAAACUUGGUGUUCUUGGUUGAAAUGGGUAUUUCAUUACAACUAAUCAUGUUAGAUUUAUUUCUGACUGUAUAAUCCUAUUUUCCCCAUAGGUACUCCCAAAUAACAACACAAGGGUUGUCAAACAUUCUGGGGAUUUAGUAGAGGUGUUUAAAUUUAAUUAAAAAAUUAAUUAAUUAAUUAAUUUUGAAUUUAAAUGUUCUUGCAAAAAACCAUUUCAACUAGAAAUACCGUACAAUGUUAAAAACCGACCAUGUACAUUAAAUACAUUUUAAACAUCGGUUUUAAAUUGGGCGACUCUACAUUGAUGGAUGGCAUUCACUGAAUCGCCCACGUCGACUCUGGGUUGGCAUACGACGAAUUACAUCCAUCGUUACUAACUCUCCCCACAAUAGUAUUAAUAUAAAUAACAGAGAACUCGUCAGGUAUGCAUGCACCUUUUAAAGCUGUGACGUGUGUUCUAUAUUACGCUGGACAUCGGAACUACCACUGUUAAAUUAAAGUACCCCAUGAUGAUGUCGAUUGUGUAGUAAAUAAUUAUUUUUAAUAAACUCUUCAGUUGUCGCUUACAUAAAUCGAGGGAAAUAUUUUAAAGAGAAAUUUUAUGCUAAAACUAUUUUAAUUGAUAUUUUGUAAGAAUCGGUUUAUAUACAAGUACAUGUUAUUGACAAAAAAAUAUUUUAUGUGUAAUUUUAAUUUUAAAAUAAUAAAAUAUGGUAUAAUAUUAAUAAUCAUAGGCUACUAUUUAUAGAAUUAAUUAUGAGGGAUUAUUAGAAAUGUAUCAUUAAAGUACAGUUCAGUUCAGUUAUUUAAAACCUAACUUAUGUUGUUUUCUUAACUGUGCGUGUUUUGCACAAGAUAUUGGCCCUAUGUUUAACGGUAACUAAGAAAAAAUCAGUGUAUUCAAGAAGCUCAUUACCAAUCACUAUUCAGUUACUAUGACUCCAUCACCUAUCUAUAAAUCCCAUGACCUAACUACAAAUCUUAUGACUUAACUACAAAUCCCAUAACAUAUUUAUAAAUCCCAUGGCUUGACUACACAUCCCAGUACUUUCCAGGCCUGGAAAAUUCCAUGACGUGUAUGAAGCCUUAUGUAUUAUACAAAAUUCAUUUAGAAACUGGUUUUCAAAAACGGUCAUAAUUGAGUCAGGUCAGGUCAUAGGGCUUUACGUGCACAUUCAGAACAAGCAUGCCUGGCCUGGCAUAAUUCAGUCAAAAAUAAGAUUUUUAAAAACAUCAAAUAAAGUCAUCCUAGUAAUUCAAUAAACAAAUUCUGUAGGUGACUAAUAAAUUCAGUCAUAUUUUGUUACAGAUCUGUUAAUAAUAGAACGGAAAGGAAGGGAACGUCUGUUUAACGACACCUCAGUACCUUGUCUUAAUAAACGGAUAUUGGGAGUCUGUUUUUUCGCAUGAAGUAGAGGUUUAUUUGUGUGCUAAAUUAUGACAAAACGCCUUGUAGUCAUGGGGCCUGGAGCAACAAAAAACCCCACAAAAAAGCAUGGUGAUGGUGUUUGCUUCUGGUGGAUAAGUCUCCUCUUCAUUUAAAAUUUGUGCAUAAAAAUUAAAUUUAAAUACCUGCGCUCCACAUUCCGUCCGGACAUACCAUCGUCUCAAAAUCUAAUUAGUAUUAAUUGCAAUCAAUUUACUCAUUUAAAAUGUUUCACUGGUGUAGAAUGUAGAUUCCUCUUUCCAAAGUGUUCAAGACUUUGGGGGGAGGGAGAUCAUUUCAUUAUUUUUUUUACUUUUUGGGGGGGGUAGGGGUAGGUUUGGGGUGGGAUAUAUAUGGUACUGGAAGGUGGUUUUGUUUGUUUUUUUCAUUGGGGAGGGGAGAGGCGGUGUACCAAAAUACUGCUAAAAACUACAUAAUAUAUACAUUUACAGAAUCCAUAUUCAUAUAUUUGCAAAAAUGUAUCGUAUUUACCCCUGCCCGUUCACCUCAUAGAUGCCAUUAUUUUAAAUAUUUGAAUGAAUUUAAUGUUAAUUCAUUUUAAUAUCAUUUAGAUUAGGACAUAAGUGUAAUUUUAUGCUUUUCAACGCUUUUAUUUAAAACGUGGUUAUUAUUUUUUUUCUUCUAAUUUUUUCAAUUUAUAUUUAUUUUGUAAAUUAUUUAUUUAAUUUGUUUUUUUCUGUAAAUUAUUUCCUCCCUGUUAAUUAACUUUCGGUUAUGUCCGCUUUCUGCUCGGUGUUUCUCGUUCAUGUCCGCCAAAAUUCAGUGCCAGAAUUACUAGUCAAUAUUGUGUUAUAACCGGGCUUUUAUUUCGAAGUCCUUAGUUUUAGUAUAUGUAUUUUUUGUGAAAUAGAGUAGUAAUAGUUUAGUUUUAUUGGACCAUGUUGGCAAUGAAAGUCAAUUUUAAUUUUGAAGUCGUACGAUGACGAAAUGCAUGACUCAGUUUGGAGAUUUUGUUUUUAUUCUGCCGCGAGUUUUCGGGCAUUUUAUUUGAAAAGUUGCCUUAUUGGCAUGUUGUAAAUGUAUUUAACUAUAUAAGUAUUGUCAUUAAUUUAUUUUAUGAAAUAAAACAGCUAUCAUUAGUUACAGUU